AUGUCCUCCUCCAACGCAUCUACCAACAAUGACAAUAUACCAAAAAUGACACUUCGUGAUCCGUCAAAUCAGACGUUAGCUGUUCCAGAGUUUCCUGCCCGAAACGGCCCACAACGACUUGUAGCAGCUGCAACGAAACAACCACGAGGAAGGCAAAAAGUGAUAUUGGAACCCGGUCACUCACCGCUUGAUUGGGCUCGUCUGAAAAGUUCUGGCAAGGAUCUUAGGGGUGUAACGCAGCUUGGACGAUAUACAUUAGAAGAUAUCAAGCAACACAAGACUGAAGAUGAUGCAUGGACUGCAAUCCAGGGCAAAGUGUACAAUAUAACUCCUUACCUUAAAUUCCAUCCAGGUGGUGUUAAGGAUCUCAUGCGUAUUGCUGGUCGUGAUGGCACAAAGCUCUUCAUGCUUACACACGCUUGGGUCAAUGCCGAGUUCAUGUUGGAUGCAUGUCUUGUAGGAUUCUUGGUUCCAGGUCGUUAA